GGUUUGUUGCACUUGCGAGUUUCGUCAAACAUUAACUUUUUUUAUAAUUUAUUAAUUUUACUAUUUUAAAGUUUCUCUUUUUUUGUUCAAAUAAGAAGCAUGAAGCUCGUGUUAGGAUCCCUAUUCAUCUUGAUUGCAAUAGAAGCCUACUUGGCGCCAUUUACAAAAGUAGAAGAAAGCUUCAAUCUCCAAGCAACUCAUGAUCUUCUCCAUCGUGUUGAUCGUUAUGAUCACCUUGACUUUCCCGGUGUUGUUCCGCGUACAUUUGUAGGUGCUGUGCUUUUGAGUGUGUGUACUUGGCCAUGGCUACAGUUAUUUCCAUCUUUAUCCCUUUUGGAUCAACAGGUAUUGGUCCGUCUUGUGCUAGCUGCUUUUGUCGUCUUCUCUCUCGGUCAAUUCGCGUCUGGUGUCCGAGCCGUGUUUGGUUCUACCACAGCCACCUUUACCAUAGCACUCUUGCUCUGCCAAUUUCACCUCGUGUUUUGGUCAUCGCGCACUUUGCCAAAUACGUUAGCCUUACCGUGGGUUGAGCUGGGACUCUCGCAUUGGAUCUCAAGUUUGUCUGAAACAAGCCGUCGUACGUAUCACUUAAAAUGGAUGAUUCGGUACUUGACCUUUGCUGGUAUCGUCUUUCGGUUUGAGGCAGGCAUACUUCUUGUUGUCCUGCUUGGGUUUGAGUAUGCAUACAAGACGAUGGCUAUCAUGGCUAUGGUCAAGCCAAUGAUUAUCACUGCUAUCUUCAGUCUUGCCUUUUCGGUUCCCUUGGACUCAUAUUUAUGGGGGACAUGGUUAUGGCCUGAGGGUAUGGUCUUUUAUUUCAAUGGGAUUCUGAACAAGAGUGCUGCAUGGGGUACAUUACCCUUUUAUGCCUAUUUUAUAUCUUUUUUGCCACGUUUGUUAUUGAUCUCCUACCCACUGGCCAUGGUUGCUUUUGUCCGAGAUGUCCGAGUACGCCGCCUUUUGAUGCCCAUGCUCGUCUAUAUCCUUAUCUUUUCUUGUUUGCCACACAAAGAAUGGCGUUUUAUCAUGUACACGAUUCCUGUCUUCACUGCUUCGUCUGCAGUGACGGUUCAUUCUGUUGUUACAGCCGCACGUCGUUCUCGGUUCUACAAGGGUAUGCUUCUGAUUCUAUUGGGAGGCACAGUCGUGUCUUUUAUUAUUUCUAUCUUGAUGUUUCAGGUAUCUCGCUUAAAUUAUCCAGGAGGAGAAGCCUUGUUGAGGUUACAUACGAUUGAGAAAAACGAAGGACACGUUUCAGUCCAUAUUGAUGUCGAGGCAGCCAUGACAGGCGUCUCUCUGUAUGGCCAGACCAACAAGCAUUGGGUGUAUUCCAAGAAUGAGUCACAUCAAACACAACAAGAUAUGAUAGAGGCUCGCUACACACAUCUCAUUACUGCUCAUCCAGACAGAUUUGAUUCGAAAUUCAAAGUGUUAGAUGUCAUUUAUGGUCUAGAUAAAGUCACAUUUGUACCUCUGACAUCCGUACUUCAGUUCAACAUGUCUCCUAUUCAAUUCAGACAAACGCCUAAACUCUAUCUUCUUAAACUCACUCAACCCCAUAAAGUAUGGGUCCAGUCUACUGUAGGGCAAUACCCUGUUGUUCUGUACAGUAAAACAUAUUGUCCUUAUUGUAGAGCAGCCAAACAAUUGAUUUCUAAAUACUGUCAAGAUAUUAAAGUGAUUGAAGUUGAUCUUGAACGAGAUGGUCAUGAAAUCAAACAAGCACUUUAUCAACUGACUGGCAGAGCCACUUUUCCUAACCUUUUUAAACAAGGUCAAAGUUUAGGUGGUUAUGAUCGCCUAUCAGAAUUAGAUUCCCAAGGACAACUUACUAAUCUGUGUCAAGCCUAAAAAAAGACUCGUUUUGGCAUAUAUAUGGUUAUUUAUUUAAUUAAAAUUAAUUUAAGCCCUGAUUUUUUUAUUUUUGCUAAA